CUAAGCUCUCUCAAAUCCCACUCCCAUCUGCACCGACGCCACCCUCCCUGUCCCUGUCUUCCAUUAUCUCCAUUCUCGAAUCCCUACUCUCAUCUCUUCUCCCCCCUUAUUUUCUUCUCUCCACCCAACCCACGACGUCACCGAGAGCUGCAUGUGCUAUUGGGCCUCCUCUGCUCCCUCUCGCCGUCUCGCGCCCACCCCGACCCAUAUCGAGCUCAUUGUCUCUGCUCAUUAUCUUCUCGUAUUAUUUGUUUUUGUAGUGUUAUAGAUGAAUUUCAUUUGAUUUUGUAGCGUUGAUUCAUUUGAGUUGUGUGGCUUGGGUUUGAACUGCUUCAACCAAGCCGAACUGAAAAUUCUUUUGGUUCGAUUUGAUUUUUUUUUUCUCUUAAUUCGAUUCGAUUUCUACAAUUUUGCACUUCGGUUUCCGGUUAGUACGGUUCUGAACCUAACCGACGGAUUGUACACCCCUAUUUCCAUCCCAUUUUAAGCCUACACUAAAAGCUCAUCCGCUCCCGUCGCUUCCUCUUGUAAUACAAGCUUAACUGCGAAAAGUGAAAGCUCGCAAAACCUCCACAUUCACUCGAGCGAGCGGUGUCUUUAGCAGAGAAGGCAGCGAAAGAAAGGAAAGAAACAUCUCUAAAGAUGGCUUGGCGGGGGCGAGGUCGAGGGAGAGGGCGAUUUGGAGGAGGAGGUGGUGGAUUCGGCUAUAUAAAGCAAGAGCCUUUUGUGGAGUUUCCUGAAAUUGAAUUACCUGAUCACAAAGCUGUGAAGGAGGAAAGGGCCUUAGUUGUUGGGAAUGCAAAGUUACAAAAUUUUUGGAAAAGCUCUGCUUAUUAUCUUGAUGAGACUGUUUCAAAGAAGGGCCAGAGCAUUGACAUAGAAAGAUUUUCUGAUUGGGGAAAGUCAAAGUCCACAUCAAAACGUGAUAAACUUAACAAUUUUCUAUUGCUCACACCUAUGCAUUUUCCUGCAGAACUUAUUCAAGGUGUAAAGACACAGCAGCCAAAUCCCAAAAAAGUUCGAUGGAACCCAGACUCAGACCUGCAAAAGUUCGAUCUGUUUGAGAAGCUUGAACAGAAGUAUCAGGGACGAGAAGAGAAAGAUCAAAAGGAAAAGAAAGAAGGUGAAGAUGAGGAAGAAGAUCAAGAUGAAGAAGUAGAUGAAGCUGAGGAAGAUUUAAGUGAUGAUGACUAUAAUCAGAACGUUGAUUUUGAUGAUGAUGAUGAUGAUUAUAAUGAUGAUGAUGGCAAUGAUGAUGAACCUGUAUAUUAGAUGGCGUUCAAAGAAAGUUUUCCUGGCAUUCGUCUGACAGCACUGUCUUCAGCAGAUUCAUAGAACUCGUUCUAUGAAUAUGAAAAUAUUUUCAAAGGUAGAUAUCAAAUUUCAACCAGGCAUUAUUCAUGGUGGUAAAACUACAAAGGCCUUUUUCUUUUAAUGGUUACCUUAAAUUUCUUCCUUUUUUUGGAGGAGAAAAUACUGAGCAACAAGCAAAUUUGGAAAUGGUAAUAUACACUAGAAAUCUUCAGUCUAGCCCAAUAACAGAAUGAUAGCUUCAAAGUGAUAAAAUUGAGGCAUUGGCAGUAUUGCAGUAAGGCAUAAGUACAUAAAGAGAGAGAGUCUAUAUGAGAAAAUAGGCUAAUCAAGUAAUCAACAAGUUCCUAUGUUACUUAAAUAUGCAGGCUACUGUCAACUUUAAACAAAAAUAUGAACCCAACACACACAAGUCACGCAUGAAAGGCUUUUCCAGCCUAAUUUUUUGAAUCAGGACGCAAAGUAGUGAGUUGCUUGGAUACGAGCUAUAAAGGCUGAAGUUUUAUCAUUGAUGCGAGGAUCAGCAGUCCAAGGACUUUCAUCUUCAUCGCUAGGCAGCACCUUCUGUGACCUCCUACCAUGGCUAGAACUAUCUUCUUCUCUCAGAGGUUUCCGAGCCUUGCCCUUGAAUAACUUAAGAACAGACUUGUUGUUCCUCUUGUUGUCACCCAUGAAUGUUUGAAUUCUUGCUUUUUCUCUAACUGAUAUAGAAGCUCAAGUGCUCUGUCUUGGGUUUGAAUGGUGAGAAGCUGUAUUGUAUUGUAUUUGUAAGUGGAGUCUGGAGGUACUGUGCUUUUGGUUUUGGGUAUAGAAUCUGGAAACAUCCAAGCAAGUAACAUUGAUACAGUGAGAAUGAUGAAAUAACUAGACAUGGUUAGGGAAAGAAACUAUUUUUGGUCCAACUCUUUAGGCUAAAGCAUGUCUUGUGGACGGCUGCUUGGUUGCUUUUAACCUUUUUAGUCCUUCCA